AUGCCAGCCUAUGCGUCCGAGGUAAUUGAGACUGGCAAAGAGAAGGAGAACAGUACCCAGACAACUGAUGCUCUCACGAGAGAUAGGCCAAAUUCACCACUUCCAUCACCUCUCGAUGGCGGAUUUCAUGUCUGGGUUCAGGUCGUUGCGGGACACCUCGACGUAGCCCUAACUUUGGGCUACGCCUCCAGUUUCGGCGUGUUCCAAAACUACUAUGACUCUGCGCUACCACAAGCCCCCUCCGGUAUUUCAUGA